UAAAAUGGUCUGCACGUGCGAAAUGAUUGGGAUUGCCUGUAUUUUGGCGCUCUUCCUUAGUUUCUCAUCAAAGGCACCGUAUCAAUUGAAAAUGGCUAUAUUCAUAAUAGGAUCCGGUGCUAUCGUUCUUAUCUGCAUACCAUUAAUGGUUUUUAGACCGCGCGACUAUCGAAAUGCCUUAAUACCCGCUUGGGGUUGCCGUCAACUUUGCAAAGCUCUUGGUGUUACAAUGGAAGUACGUGGACUCGAGAACAUUCGCACGGAACACGGCGCCGUUGUGCUAAUCAAUCAUCAAAGUUUUAUCGAUUUAUGUGGAUUAGCCUAUUUAUGGCCAGUAAUUGGACGUGCAACGGUUGUAUCGAAAAAAGAAGUUCUCUUCUUUCCCUUCUUUGGCUUCGGCGCUUGGUUAUGGGGCACACUCUUUAUUAAUCGCUCUAGUAAAAAAGAUUCCAUCAACACCUUGCAGAAAGAAUCAAAAGCCAUUCAAGAACGUUGUUGUAAGCUGUUACUUUUCCCCGAAGGCACAAGAAAUACGAAAGACACACUGUUGCCAUUCAAAAAAGGGCCUUUCCAUAUAGCCCUACAAAGCCAAUGUCCUAUUCAACCGGUUGUUAUAUCUAAAUACUAUUUUCUAAAUGGCGAGAAAAAACUCUUCCGUCCAGGUCAUGCAAUCAUACAAAUUCUACCGGAAAUUCCUACGGCAGGAUAUGGCAAGGAUGACAUGGAUGAACUGAUUGCAACCACCAAAAACGUUAUGGAAGCUGAAUAUAAAAAACUAAAUCAAGAGAAUCGAAAAUGUUGACAUGAUUUUGAAAUUUACAAACAGGAGACUUUUGCCUGUAUGUGUAUGUGUGUGCGCGCGUGUGUGUGUGUGUGUGUGAAGUUUUACGCAUAAUUACUUAUAUUUGUAUGUACCAAAUUAAACUAAGCAAUGUUUUAAAUGUAUUCUGUAACGAAGAUGUCUAAUACGAUGAGCAAAUGUUAGAAUAGAAACUUUUAAUGUAAUGUUAAUAGAUAAAAAUAAAGAACUG